AUGGACCUAUGUCUGAGAAUUGAGGAACUGGAGAAGGAAACGCGGGGGCACACUCCUUUCCCCGAGUUGCACCUCUCAUCACAGCAGGGACAUGAACAGAAACACUUGGUUGGCUAUUUCAAGAGGGACUGUCCGGAGUUCAAUUGGAAGGAUGCACCCAGAAGGCAAGAGGCAACGGUGAAGCCUAGGGAGAAUUCCGAGGCCCACCAACGGACACUUGAGCCUCAAGAGCGGGGAGCAACGAUCUAUCCACUGUUGGCUAAAGAGGAACCUAUCCACGGGGAUGUAUGGGUGCUGACACCGGAGCGCUCUCCAGCAAGGCCCACGAUAUUGCAUAUUGCACUGCCGGAGCUGAAAAGGUUUAGUGCAAGGGACCUGGAGGAUUCAUCAGAUCAGGAGGACUCACCUGUUCAGGGGGAGUACGUGGAUAAUGAGAUGUCUGAGAAAUGCAGCGACGUAGGGAGUUUCUCGGUCAGAGGAGAAAAGCAGGUUGGGGUGGUUUUUGGCCAAGCAGAGGAGACGGAUGACAUGACCUGCAGGCAUGUUUCUGGGCCCUACAGAGAAUUGUUUGCAUCCAUUGGGCAAUUACGCCCGACCACAUCAUUCAUGGCAGAAAUAACAAUCCAGGGAGUGCAGCAGCAAGCAGUGGUGGACAACAGGAUUGAGACCAAAAUGUAUAGUCUUACUUAUGGACCAAGUGAAAAAUGCACUGCAAAAGGUGUCGGCAAAUCGGUGAUACGAUCGAAAUUGCACCAUUCAUUCUACAACGAAUGUUUCUUUCAAAGAGAAUCUCACAUGGAAACUAUGCAGCAGCAGCAGACUAUGUCUCCCCAGCAGCAGCAGACUAUGUCUCCCCAGCAACAACAGCAGACUAUGUCUCCCCAGCAGCAACAGCAGACUAUGUCUCCCCAGCAGCAGCAGCAGACUAUGUCUCCCCAGCAGCAGCAGACUAUGUCUCCCCAGCAGCAGCAGCAGACUAUGUCUCCCCAGCAGCAGCAGCAGCAGACUAUAUCUCCCCAGCAGCAGCAGACUAUGUCUCCCCAGCAGCAACAGCAGACUAUGUCUCCCCAGCAGCAGACUAUGCCUCACCAGGAGCAGCUUCAGACUAUGCCUCCCCAGAAGCAGCAGACUAUGUCUCCCCAGUAG